AAGUCUGUGUUUUACGAGAAUCUUCUGCUUUGGCUGAUUCAAGGAUGGAGAAGCUGACGGUUCAAGAGAAGGGUCUGGACCUGUCCCUGGGCACUGCUCAGAGUUUGAUUGACUUUGUAGAGUGUACACUGGAGAAUGCAAGUGAUGAAGAACUGAUUACGAUGCAAGAGCAGGUGGUGAGUCGAAUCGAUGCCGAGGUGGUGAAGCGAGGGAAGGAAGCAGCCAAUCCUGAUCCAGUGGAGAAAGAUGAUUUUGGAGUCAAAGUGUUUGUUUGUGAGGAUCUCAAGAAGUUGUGCGAGAACAACAUUAUUGUACAUGAAGGAAAGCCGAUUGUGAAAGGAAACGGCAUCAAAACAGCUGAAGUUGACAAAUAUGCAAGGCUGAAUGUCUAUAUCAGUUCAAAACAAGGCAAACCACAAGCAGUACUGAAAUCGCUAGUUGAUCAAUCGACCCAACAACUGCAAGCAGUGCCUGUGAGGGGUGAAGUGUACAGUGUUGAGUACACCCCUAGGGUACGUGGUCGACACCACCUCCUGAUCUCAGUGGACGACCAGCCCAUCCCAGGAAGCCCCUUCUCUGUGUUCAUCAAAAUACCCCCCACCAAGCUGGACAAACCAGUGAGAGUGAUAAGAAGAAUCAACGAACCUCGGUAUAUGGCAUUCAACUCAUCAGAUGAACUGAUUGUAACUAACUAUAGCGGUGAUGUUUUGGUGUUUGACAAGAAAGGAAAACAAAUUCGAAGCAUCAGCAAGUCAAAGCAUGGGUUUGUCGGUAUCUCUGGUGUGGCAGUAGACAAGGAGGACAACAUCUAUGUCUGUGAUAGUAGCAAACACUGUGUGUACAAGUUCAACAAAAGAGGAGAUCUGCUGAAGAGGUUUGGGACGAAGGGACGUGGUCCAAAAGAACUCAACUUCCCUCGAGGGAUAGCAGUCGCUGGUGAUCAAGUGUUUGUGUGCGAUCAGAAUAAUCACAGAGUCCAAGUGUUGACUACAGAGCUGGAGCCAGUCAAGCAGAUUGGUUCAGAGGGAACUGGUAAUGAGCAUUUUAACUGCCCAGAGGAUGUUGCAGUGGACAAUAAACAAAUGAUGUAUGUCACUGACUGUUAUAAUCAUCGUGUUCAAGUGCUCACUAUGGAUGGUCGGUUUAUUCGCUCGAUUGGAAAGAAAAGAAGUGGACAAGGAGAUCUGUCUACCCCUCGUGGUGUGUGUGUCACUGGUUUUGUUUGUCACUGGUUUUAUAUUGUUGAUUAUUAUAACGGUUGUGUGUCAGUGUUCACUAAAGACUGUCAGUUUGUCACAUCAUUUGGUAAUGGUCAUAUCACUAAUCUUUUUGGAGUAACUGUGGACACUGAUGGUUUUGUAUAUGCGUGCAGUGACGGAUCUGUUGUUAUCUUUUAGUGUAGAUCUAUAAUUAUUUUGUGUGUGUGGGCAGUAAUAAAUCACUAUUUGACUUUUGAUUGAGAGCAGUUACCUCUACUGACGAUCUUUACUCGCCUGCUACACCUAUUUUAGGUUUGUGAUUGUGUUAUGAGGAUCUUUACCAUAUUAUUACAAGUGAA